AGCAAGUAUGCCCGGGGUAUUCGUUCCGCACAUACCCUCUACCAAAACAAUACCUCAAUCCUUUUUCUUCAAUUGUUAAGUAGAAUGAGUGUCAAUUGGGUGACAUUUCAAGGAGAAGACGUGAAGGAGCCAUACUUGCUCGAAGAAGAGUUCAUCUUAAAGACAUAUGGCGAAAUUGCUCUGUCGCUACUUUGUGUACCCCCAAGCAAUAAAUCAUGGACGAGUACCAGCGGCAAAUUGUAUCUUACGAACAAAAGACUUAUUUAUGUACCUACGACCAGCACAGACGACUUUAAAAGUUUCCAGACACCUAUAUGUAACCUAAAAGAUACGAAGCUAAACCAACCGUUUUUUGGCGCAAACUAUUAUUCGGGACUUGUAGUUCCAGUUCAGAACGGUGGCAUUCCUUCAGACGCAGAGAUGAGACUCCAAUUUAAUGAAGGCGGCAUCUUCGAUUUUGUGGAAUCGCUACAACGGUUGAUUCAACGCUACCAAGAAGUGGGAAAUGUUGGACAUGUACAGCAUUUAGAGCCACUGCCACCAUACCACCGUCCAAGUUCGAGCCAAGAUAGACCUCCUUUGUAUGAUGACGCCGUUAGACAUGCUUGAAACCAAGGUGACGAGAAGCCUGUGGCAUACACAUGCCACGCACUGUGUCGAUAGGGUAUUGCUGCAUUUUUUUGUUGGUAUUGCAUUGCAUGCAAGUUUUUUAUUUUCAUGAAGUCAUUUCAUUUUGUUCGUUAAAUCUGUCUGAAACACAUUCGUAAAAAGCGAAAAUGAUAAUACGUGAUGUGGCAUAACUCGACCAAAGAACGCAUAAGAAGUGCACAACGAAGAUGAUGGGUCACAGUCCGUAGGCACGUUCGUGGUCUGUCCAAAGUCGUUAUUUACAGCAUUCUUUCCUUAAAAGUGCUUGUACAGAAACUCGGCGCAUUCCUCAAGCAUAUAGUCAGGCGUUUCAUGCUUUACUCCGGGAUACGUCUUUUUCAACAACUCAGCGCAUUGUAGUUUAGGCAAGAAUGCGUCUGUGUAGCGAACAGGGACCAACGUAUCAUCAGCACCGCUGAGAACUGCGAGGUGCUUUCCCUUAAUAAGCUCCGGGUUUGGGCCGACACGCUCAAUCAAUUCAACCAAUUUGGGGGGAAUAAUGCGAUCGGUUACUUGUAUAUCGGAUUCUUUGGCACGUUCGCACAUCAUUUCCGUGUAGGAAGGGCAACCGAUCAUCACACAAGCCGUAGUAAUACGUUCGUCUGUCGGUUAGUAACAAGAUGGAAAAACGAAUGCCGAGUGCGAGGCUUGCAAGUGUUACUGUGCAUUUGAAGCAACACACACGCACAUAUAUAUAUUUGUUCGCUUGUGUUUUCAUACCAUUAAGCAAAUGCCAGACAGUGUGUCCUCCCAGUGAGACACCAUAUGCAGCAUAAGAAGCGACUUGAUGAUGGUUAUCGGGGAAAAGAAUAAUUGGAACAAGGUCAAGAAUCAUGCGGGCAUCGUUAACGGCACCGUAGAGGAAAGAGAAUUGAUCGAUGCUGAAUGAAUUAGUAUGAAGAACACAAUGUGGUAAUUGCAAUCACAAAAAGGUGGAACAGCUCUCUAUCGACUCGAUAAUCCAGCCAUGACAAGAAUGAAAAGCCACUUUGUAUGCAUAACACAUGGUCAAGAACAUAUUUAGGAAAGCUAUCACAUGUUCGAAAAACCGAAUAACUUGUUUUUCGUCAAGAGAACUGCAAACCAAAAUCCACUUACAAAUGGGUCUCAUUUCCACUUUUCCAGGAACGACUAAAU